AUGGAAGUGGUCCCCCGAAUAAUCGCAACAGCUGAUCAUGCAAAGAAACAAAUAAUCGACAAUCAAUGGAGGAGUUUGCCAAAUGCACAAGCUCGUCAUCCUAAAGGGUUGAAUGAAAUUAGUGAGCCAGAUAAGUUUUGGGCUCAAUUACUGAAAACUGAAGACUUUUCCGAGCUAGCUCAUUUUGCCCUAUCUACACUGUCCCUACCCCAUGCGAAUGCUGACUGCGAGCGGGUUUUUAGUAAAAUCAAUUUAAUAAAGACAGAAAUACGAAACCGGCUAACUGUGGAAACAGUGAACGGCACACUUCUUGCUGCAGAGAGCGCAAAGGGUUCAACUCGUACUGGAAACUGCGUCAAUUUUGAGCCCACAAAAGAAAUGUAUAGUCGCAUGACAAAAGAUAAAAUAUACGGCAGAAAAAACGAUGACAGUGAGGAUGUUCCUGACAUAAUAUUUGGAGAGGAGAUAUUUCCUGCUGAUCCUGUCAUUUGUGACCGUUGGACUGCUAAAGUACGACUUAGUCGAGAAGAAAGUUGGUGGAACCCAAGAGAACGCAGUGUUAUAUGUUCCAAUCAUUUCAAUGAGAGCGACUUGUACUUUACAAAAGGUGGUUUAAAAAGAUUGUGUAAGGGAGCUGUACCACAGAACGCGUUGUUUUUAUCUUCGACAUUGCCGGACAACAUUUCUCACAAAAGUACGGUGACUGCAGAACCAAGCACUGCUCCAGUUGUCAAUUCUAACAACAGUGCAGUAACUGCAGAACCAAGCACAUCAGCUCCAGUUGUCAAUUCUAACAGCAGUGUGCUAACUGUAGAACCUAGCACAUCAGUUUCAGCUGUCGAAGGAAUCAUUCUAACUACUGGUCUUGCGCCGCCACUGCCUCUGGGAAAUCUGGACAGGACUGAAGUUUCACUUGGCGACUCUGAACAGCCUACUGAUUCCAAGAGAUUUAUACUUGACCAAUGGGGGACCGAGGGCACGAUGGUUAAAAUCUUGCAAAAUAUAAAGGAGGGGUCAAGACCGAUUACUAUCAAUAACCUAGUAAUGAAGGAACCAACACUACAAGGAAAAAGUAAUAUAAUAGCAGCGCGCUGUUUUUCUUCCGUACUCCAAUUGAAGCAAUGGGGCUUCAACCAAGUGUGUAAAGAUCCACAAACUAUGGAAAUUACAGACAUAUUUUUGGGACUGAAAUUUGAUACAUUAAUGUGA